CUGGUGAGGGUCCCUGGCACAGAUUUUGUAGAACCUGUCUCAGGAACGCACAGUCGAGCCACAAGAUGCGCACUAGGCACCACAGUUUGGGAGGAGCUUCGGGAUUUUACAGCUUUGUUUCACGCCGCUCUCCAGUGAAGACCCGUUUGCAAAAGGAGAUAUAGUGGGAAAGGUGUAGGCACAUUCAUCAAUCUAUCAUCUACCGGUAAAAUGAGCCCAUCAGACACAUGCAACACCACAAGCGAAGGGGCGGCUGGUGAAACCGACCCCUGGUUUCAACUUAACGAGAGCACGGGUUUGCACCAGCCUGGUUUCCUCCCGCCUGGUUUCCACACUGACAUCACCAAGCACCUCGGAGUCCAGAUCAUCCUGAUCACAGCAUACUCCCUAAUCAUUCUGCUGGGGCUACUGGGCAACGCUCUUGUCAUCUACAUGAUUAUUCGCUACAGAAAAAUGCGAACAGUGACCAACUUCUUCAUAGCUAACCUGGCCCUGGCAGACCUCCUGGUGGACACUCUCUGCCUGCCCUUCACUCUGGUUUACACUCUGCUAGAUGAGUGGAAGUUCGGAGCUGUGUUGUGCCACAUGGUGCCAUUUGCCCAGGCCGUGAGUGUGCAUGUAUCCAUCCUGACGAUGACUGUCAUCGCUCUGGAGCGUUACCGCUGCAUCGUCUUCCACCUUGGCCGGCGCCUCACGUGGAACACCAGCUUCCUCAUCAUGGCAUUCACCUGGACUGUGUCUGCUGUCCUGGCAGCACCCCUGGCCAUCUUCAGAGAGUACCACCACGAAGAGAUCCCUUCCAUCAACCUGCGGAUCGCUGUCUGCUCUGAGAAGUGGCCCCACGGGACCAGCAGGGACGGAGUCAUCUACAGCCUCUCGAUGCUGCUCCUACAGUACAUUCUCCCUUUGGCCAUCAUCAGUUACGCUUACAUCUGCAUCUGGGUCAAGCUGAAGAAUCACAUCAGCCCAUCCAGCCGCAACGACAGCAUGAAGCGCCGCAAAAAGACCACCAAGAUGUUGGCCCUGGUGGUGGUGGUGUUUGCCAUCUGCUGGCUGCCGUUCCAUGUGUUCCAGCUGGCCAGUGAUCUGGACCUGGUGCUCAGGUUUAAGGAGUACAAAUUCAUAUACACAGUGUUCCACAUCAUAGCCAUGGGUUCGACUUUUACCAACCCUGUCCUGUAUGGGUGGAUGAACAAAAACUACAGGAACGGCUUCCUCAUGGUCUUCCGUUGUGAGGAUAAGCCAGAUUCCUUCCACCCCGAGGGCUCGUUCAGGACACGCUCCUCAAGAAGGCUGACUCUGAAUGGUCGUAAUGGCGGACAACCUCCGACUGCUGUAUGAGAAUAACACAAUUUUUAAAAAAGCCUGUAGAAUGUGACUGAACACACUGAACGCACUUCUGGUUUGUGGUGCUCGUGGUUCAAAAGUAGCCUUUUGACUUGAACGGCCUGAUCUUGAGUAUCUACGGGACUGGAGAGGGCUCAAAGCUUUGCAUGCCAAUCGCUUAAUGUAAGGCUCUUCUUUCCUAUGUAAAUGUUACUAGUGAAAAUACAUCUGUCGAAGAUUUUCAAAUAUAUGUUUAAAAUGUUUACUAGGCUGUUAAUUAACUCAGUACGAUGUAUAAUGUGUCUACUUGUUGGUUAGUGAUGUCUAAUUAUGUAUGCAGUCCAUUGCAUAAAUCGUCUGAGGCUGGUACUGUGUUUGUUCUUACUCAAGGUGAUUAUUGUGGCUGUAAACAUUUGGACGUUUUUCUCUUAAUGAAUCCAAAUACUGCGUUUUAGAUUCACUCCAACGUGCUCACAGUAACAUUCAAUCGUCAUUCAAGGAAUCCAGUGGAGGCUAUUAUCUGUCCAACCAAGAAGCCAAUUGUGCAAUUCACCUGGCAGCAGCCCUUCCUGAUUACAUGGGCCAGCAGGGGUCUCUGUCCAAAGGAACGCAAUCGAAAAAAAUGAAAGUUCUUGAAAUUGCUCUCGUAUAAUGUGGGCAGCUGCUUUGAGGAUUUGUUAAAAAAAAAUGGAUUUGGAAGAAGACAAAACAUGCAAUUCCAUACGCAGCUGUCAAAGUGUCCUUUGUUGGUGGUCUUUUAAUAAUGAGCGCAGGAACAUUAAUCAACCACACGGCCUCUGGGCACAUAUAUUGAGCCCCCACUGCAAACAUAACUCCCAGAGUUGAGUUGACCAUCAGGAGAAAUUAUGUUUUAUGUAUCAAAUAAGCUGUGGCUUGGAUAAAUGUCGAAACAUGUCUGGGUGUAUUAACCUGAAAAUUGUGGCGUAUUAUAAAAUGUAUUGAAAACUGACACCAUACAAAGACUACUGAAAACAUUUGGGGGUAGUAGUUGGGGUACUUGUACCCUCCAUACUUAAUGUAAUACAGGAAGAUAAAGUUAAACUCACUGAACCUGAAGGCUGGAAAAUCCAUCCAUGGAAAGUCUGGAUAUCGUGAAAUUAAUCAUUUCUCACAACAUUGAGGUGAAUCAAAGUCCUCACAUAAACAUUCAGACUUCAUUUUGAGCAAAAAAAAAAAGGAACAAGUGGGUCCAAAUAAUCAAUAAAGCAUUUAAUGAACAACCAGA